AUGAACGACUUAUUCCAGUUUGACCGUGAUCGCAUGUCUGUGGCAGAGUAUCAAGUGCUAGUGAAAAAAAUGCCUCAAAUUCUGCUCCGAAAGAAACUGUGCGGUGUGCACAUGAGGCUUGCGGAAAUGGCUCGGGAACAGCUAUACGAUGUGUUUGCUGACUACAUUAAAGUUGAAAAAGGUGAACUAUUAGAACUGCUCGACUCGGCAAGCGGCGAUAAAAUUCACCCAUUCAUCGAAGAUACUAUUGUUACUGGAGAAGAUGUAAAUGCGGCUCUGCGUCUAAUUGCUAUACAUGCACUCGCAGCAAACGGUCUCAAACCAGCUAUAUUGCAUCAGUAUAGGAGAAUGAUCAUGCAGUCCUAUGGUGUUGAAGCAUUGAAUAAACUCUUAAAAUUGCAAAAGAUGGGCAUGAUUCGAGAACGCGGUGGUAGUGGUAAGAUGAUUGCCGAUUAUGCUCCAGUUAUGUUUCCACAUAUGAAGAAGCAAUACAAUUUGUUAACCGAGAACGUAUCUGAAUCGAACACCUCCGACUCCGCUUAUGCUUAUAGCGGUUACGCCUCUCUUAUCGUACGAAUACUUGAAGAAGGCGAUCGAGUGAGAUGGGCGGGUUGGCAUAAAACAUCUGACAGCGCUGUUGGCGGUAUAACUUCCUCCUCAGUUUCGUACUCAGCGGACCUCGACAUC